CUGGGGUUGGAAAGUAGGGAAAGUGGGACAGUGGAGAGAGGGCGUAGUGUGUUGUGCACGCGCCUCAGCCUCGGGAAUCUCGCGCUUUCAGGUUGAUGUAUUGACUACGCGGAGUUCAUCGCGUGCUUCCAUCGCGAGGAAGCGGCACGCGCGCGGAGUGUGUUAGUACGGAGUGAAUGAAAACGCCAAAUUUGAAAAGCGGGCUGGAGGAAAUGGCAUUUCAGCUCUUUUCGCAGACAGAGCGGGGCGAUGCUGCUGGUGGUAGCGGUGACGCCUGGUCAGGGAUGGAGCUUUAAUAUAGCAGGAUAUAUCUACAGCAACCGAAGAAGAUGGUGAAUUCAAGUGUUUUAUCGUCAUGGCAAACGGAAUCGGAAGCAUUAUGUUGAAAUGCGUGGUCGUCGGCGACGGCGCCGUUGGGAAAACUUGUCUGCUGAUGAGCUAUGCCAACGACGCCUUUCCCGAGGAAUAUGUGCCCACUGUCUUUGAUCAUUAUGCAGUCAGUGUGACGGUUGGGGGGAAACAAUACCUACUGGGGUUGUAUGACACUGCGGGUCAGGAGGACUAUGAUCGCUUACGACCCCUGUCCUACCCCAUGACUGAUGUCUUCCUCAUUUGCUUCUCGGUUGUGAAUCCAGCCAGCUUCCAGAACAUAAGAGAGGAGUGGGUCCCUGAACUGCAGGAGUAUGCACCCAAUGUCCCUUACCUGCUCAUUGGCACACAGAUCGACCUGCGUGAUGACCCAAAGACUAUUGCCAAGCUGAACGAUGUGAAAGAGAAGCCCAUUGUUACAGAACAAGGCCAAAAGCUUGCAAAGGAGAUUGGUGCCUGCUGUUAUGUUGAAUGCUCAGCACUGACACAGAAAGGCUUGAAGACUGUGUUCGAUGAGGCCAUUAUAGCCAUUCUGGCUCCUAAGAAAGGUGCCCACAAGCGAAGACUGGGCCCACGCUGCAUUAACUGCUGCCUGAUCACAUGAGGGGGACUGAUACACCAGCUCAGGGGCAUCCAGGAGAAAGAGAGCAAGAACUUAUAACAAAUGAUGGUGAUUCCAUGUCCAACUGACAACCAUAUUACAAUCUCUACAACUGAGAAAACAGAUAUUAUGAACAAGGUAUGGGGGAUGACAAGAACAACUGACAUAAAAACAUGAUGUUCAGGGACAAGCAACACAAGAACACUAAACUUUGAGGUGGCAUACAAGGACAAUGAUGAGAGAUCAUAACUUAUUGCACACUCAAGCACACAGAAAAGAAAG